AUGCAAAUUCUGCCGUAUCAUUUCGAAGGAGAAGUUGUCCGUGGAUUCGGACGUGGUGGAAAAGAGCUCGGAUGUCCGACAGCCAAUAUGGAUGACACAGUUAUCGAGAAUCUUCCAGAAGGACUCAAAGUCGGAGUAUAUUACGGAAAAGCGACAUUCAAAGGAAACACGUAUAGUAUGGCGAUGAGUGUCGGAUGGAAUCCGCAAUAUCACAAUGAGAAGAAGACGGUGGAAGUUCAUUUGAUCGAUUACGCCGGUGGCGAUUUUUAUGGGAAAAGAUUGAGUGCAGUCAUCGUUGGAUACAUUCGAGAUAUGAGAAGUUUCGCGUCGUUGGAAGAACUGAAGACUGCCAUCGCGAAAGACAUUGAAAUCGCACGUCGUGGAACCACCGAACAAGGAAAACUAUAA